AUGUCUCAACUACGUCUCACCAACGACCAGAAGCUGAGGAUCGUCAAACACAAGGAAGAUCAUCCGAGCCUCACCCAGACAGAGCUUGGAUACUGGACGAAGGAGGCAUUCGGCCUCCCCAAACCUAUGACGCAGGCCUCAAUCAGCAAGAUCAUCAGCAAGAGGAAGAGGCUUGAAGCAAUGAGUCCAUCAGAGCUCUCUGCUAAGCGUCCUCGCUCACUUCAACAUUCUGUCUUUGAAGAAGCAGUGGCCCUCUGGAUUUUGCAGUGCCAGCAUCGUGGAGUUGCCCUCACCGGAGACCUUAUCCGUGCCAAAACUGCAAGCUUUGCAACAUCCAUGGAUAUUCCGGAUGGAUCAAUCAAGUUUGCCCAUGGGUGGCUCUACAAAUUCCAGCAGCGCCACAAGCUAAGGGCCGUCCGAAUCCAUGGCGAGAGCGGUUCAGUCGAUGUUUCUGGACUUGAAGCAGCUCUACCAGAGUUGCAAUCAGCCGUCGCCAAGUUUGCUCCCCGUGAUGUGUACAACAUGGACGAAACUGGUAAGUUCUCCUGA